AUGGCUGAAGUUUCAAAAGAGGUUCUCGAGGACAAAUCUCUUGCUAUGCUAAUGCGUUAUAAUUCUCGCAAUCUCGAAAAGCUAUUUGAUGUUCCACACAGAGUACACUGCGGAUAUAUUGUUAAUUCAUAUGCAAGAGCUAACAAGCCGAUAAAAGGAUGGACUAGAAGAGUUACGGCAAUGUUAGACAACAAAGAUACUCAAGAGGAAGUUCGUUGCGUAAAAGGAGCGUUAUGGAGUAGGAAAGUGACCUAA